GUUAGGCUCUUCACAUUCAGCAUCUUUUAUAAUCCUAGGUACACUCCUUGAGUGUCCUCAUUUUACAAUUGAGGAUAACUGUGACUAGUUGUAUCAAACACUUUAGUUAGGGAGAUAACAUGCACCUACAUAAAUACAUUAUGAAACAAGAUGAAUGGUUACAGUGUCAAAGCCACCAUUAGGUGGUAAGGGUGACCCUGUGAAGCAAAAACUAGCAUUUGCAGGACCACAGGCACACUUUACCACGUGCCUGCUUCUACAAAUGAACUUCCCGGCGUGGCCACCCUAGGAAUGAGACCUUGGGGGUGCGAAUCCAUGGAAGAUGCCUGUGUAUGGUGGGGAAUACCACCGGACUGUCCUCGUGGAAAGCCGCAUCCACGAGCCCUAGGUGCCCUCCAUUUGAGGAAGUUGGCUGGGGGAGGGGGCUUGCCUUGCGGCUGCGUCCUGCUCCCCGCGCCCUGCCCCCACCUCCCAGCCUCUGCUGCCGCUAAACCCCGGAGAGCGGAGCGUGCACGUUGAGAUUCCUCGCCGGGCCUGGCAGCGGUGCUGGGCAUGCUCAGUGGGCAGGACCCGUUAGAGUGGCGAGUAAGGAAGCGUUGGCUCUUCUCCGCGUCUGCCUUCCCCGGUUCAGGCCCCGGUCCUGGGCUUUUGUGUGCGCGGAGCUGCAGCCACCUCUGCCUCUUCGCGGGGCUGCCCGACCCCAGAUGCCGUCCGGCCUGUCCGCUUUCCGCCGUUAACCUCACCGUGCGGCCGGGAGGAGGAGCGGGGCGGGGCCGGCGGCUGGCGGCCGGGCUGGAAGGCCCUGCCAGGGGUUGGGGCGGCACAGGCACCAAGAUGUCCAACCGAGUGGUCUGCCGGGAAGCCAGUCACGCCGGGAGCUGGUACACAGCCUCAGAUGGAGUCUUGCUGUGUUUCCUAAGAUGGAGUGCAGUGACCCGAUCUCAGCUCAAUGCUACCUCCACCUCCCAGGUUCAAGUGAUUCUCCUGCCCCAGCCUCCUGAUGCUGGGAUUACAGGACCGCAGCUGAAUGCACAGCUAGAAGGUUGGCUUUCACAAGUACAGUCUACAAAAAGACCUGCUAGAGCCAUUAUUGCACCCCAUGCAGGAUAUACGUACUGUGGGUCUUGUGCUGCCCAUGCUUAUAAACAAGUGGAUCCGUCUAUUACCCGGAGAAUUUUCAUCCUUGGGCCUUCUCAUCAUGUGCCCCUCUCUCGAUGUGCACUUUCCAGUGUGGAUAUAUAUAGGACACCCUUGUAUGACCUUCGUAUUGACCAAAAGAUUUAUGGAGAACUAUGGAAGACAGGAAUGUUUGAACGCAUGUCUCUGCAGACAGAUGAAGAUGAACACAGUAUUGAAAUGCAUUUGCCUUAUACAGCUAAAGCCAUGGAAAGCCAUAAGGAUGAGUUUACCAUUAUUCCUGUACUGGUUGGAGCUCUGAGUGAGUCAAAAGAACAGGAAUUCGGAAAACUCUUCAGUAAAUAUCUAGCGGAUCCUAGUAAUCUAUUUGUGGUUUCUUCUGAUUUCUGCCAUUGGGGUCAAAGGUUCCGUUACAGUUACUAUGAUGAAUCCCAGGGGGAGAUUUAUAGAUCCAUUGAACAUCUAGAUAAAAUGGGUAUGAGUAUCAUAGAACAAUUAGACCCUGUAUCUUUUAGCAAUUACUUGAAGAAAUACCAUAAUACUAUAUGUGGAAGACAUCCCAUUGGGGUGUUAUUAAAUGCUAUCACAGAGCUCCAGAAGAAUGGAAUGAAUAUGAGCUUUUCCUUUUUGAAUUAUGCCCAGUCAAGCCAGUGUAGAAACUGGCAAGACAGUUCAGUGAGUUAUGCCGCUGGAGCACUCACGGUCUACUGAAGCUCUGAAUCCUCAGGGAUGCCACCUGCACAUUCUCAUACUCUGUCCGGGGUCCCAGCCUAGCCUUUACCGAGAUACUGGUCCUGGUUUGGGGGGAUUCUGAAACCUCAAACUAAUAGAACUUUCUUCUCUUUUUUUUCUAGUAGGUGUAGUCCUUCCUUAAUUUCAACUCAUUUAAAAAUGCUUUAUAGUUUAGGGCAGUGUAAGGAAGGCUGGCAUCAAAGUAUUUUGAUCAAAAAAGAUGACAAUGUAAAGGCCCAGUUGUGGCAGACAGUGUUUUGAAAGUAACUUGUAAAGCAUUUACCAUAUCCUAAAUUUGCACUCUUUGCAGACUUGUGCACAUAUAUUCCGCUUUCAGAAUAGUUUUGCAAAUUGUACACAAACAAACAGAAAAGGUGGAAGCUUUUUAAUAAAGAAAUUGCAUUUAUAAAUGAUCUGUAUUAGAAUAUAAUAAAUCUCCAGUUAUAGUCAAUUACUACCCAUGUUGUACAACAGAUACCUUCUAUUUUAGUUGCUAAUAAAGGGCUACACAACUCAAAA